AUGGACUGGUUAGAUAGUAAGGGCAAAAAUGUGCACCCUCGAUGCCGUCGCGUCGCAUCAGUCCGAUUGAACGCGUUUGGCGACGAGUGCAUCGGCAACAAUUCUCCCGUGGCGUUCCGCCGAGUCCUAGGUUCUAGUGCUACUGAACAUCACCAGUUUAACGGACGAGAUGAGGAGCUAAUGACGAGAUCUUUUGACGUUAUUCAGACUGCCCUUAAACAUGUCGUUCGAUUGGAGCCAUCGAGAAUAUUACGUGGAUGA